AUGCCAGAAAUCGACAAAAAUGCCAUGCUCAACAACAGAGACGACAUUCACUACAGGAUGACAAUUUGCAUGCAAAAACAUAGUGCAGUCAUUAUGGAUUACAGCUAUCACAUCACCUCACUAGAGAAUGCCGCAGACAGCCUGCGCAUCGCGUACGUCGAUGAGCAGCCAGCAUCACAUUUGAAAGGCGUCAUUGUCCUCAUUCAUGGCUUCCCCCAGACUUCAUACCAGUAUCGCAAAGUCAUCGGUCCACUGGUUUCUGCCGGCUAUCGAGUCGUCGUGCCCGAUUAUCGCGGCGCAGGACUAUCCUCCAAACCCGACAGCGAUUUCAGGAAAACGACCAUGGCAAACGACAUGAUCCUGCUAUUGGACUACCUGAAGAUCACGGAUCCAGUGCACAUAGUCGGUCAUGAUAUCGGCGGCAUGAUCGCCUACGCCUUCGCAACCCGCCACGCUGAUCGCACCGCCUCUCUGGUAUGGGGUGAGUGCCCUCUCCCGGGUACCACUGCUCACGAAGAGGAUCGAACCACCCACGGCGUGCAGCAGUUCCAUUUCCUCUUUCACUCGGUGCCAGACCUACCCGAAGCACUCGUUUCGGGCCGCGAAGAGAUCUACCUCAGCCACUUCUUCGACAAAAUCUCUCACAGGCGCUUGGCUAUCUCGAAGGCUGACCUGGACCACUACGUCGAGAUGUACAGUCGGCCUGGAGCUCUACGCUGCGCGUUUGGUGUUUACAGGGCCUUCUUGACGGAUGCACGCGAGAACCGCGAGUGGAUUGAGCAGCAUGGCAAGUGCAAGGUCAAGUCUUUGGGUCUAAGUGGAGGCGAAGGUAGGCACAAGGAAACUGCGCUGGAGAUGUUUGAGGAGGUUCACGAAGAAGGGUCGGUGCAGAUCGCGGAGGUCCCAGGGAGCGGACACUAUGUGGCAGAGGAGAAUCCGGAUGGUUUUGUUCAAGCCAUUCUCAGUUUCAUUAAACAAUAG